AUGAGCAGCAUUCCUCAAGAGCAAUGGGCACAGGUCAUUGAAAAGACCGGCGGCCCCGUCGAGUACAAGAAGAUCCCUGUACAGAAACCCGGCCCAGAUGAGGUUCUUGUCAACAUCAAAUACUCUGGUGUCUGCCACACCGAUCUACACGCCGUCAAUGGUGACUGGCCAUUGCCAACCAAACUGCCUCUUGUCGGUGGCCAUGAAGGUGCCGGUGUCGUGGUUGCACGAGGAGAGCUUGUCAAGGACGUUGAGCUUGGCGACCAUGUCGGUGUCAAAUGGCUGAACGGUUCUUGCCUGUCAUGCGACUUUUGCCAACAAGCAGACGAGCCCCUCUGCCCGAAACCACUUCUUUCUGGAUACACUGUCGACGGCACCUUCCAACAAUACUGCAUCGCCAAAGCUGCCCACGUUGCCCGCAUUCCCAAGGAGUGUGAUCUCGCUGCUAUUGCCCCUGUCCUCUGCGCCGGUAUUACUGUUUACAAGGGUUUGAAAGAGUCUGGUGUCAAGCCUGGCCAAUUCGCUGCCAUUGUCGGUGCCGGAGGUGGUCUUGGUUCACUCGCCUGCCAAUACGCAAAGGCCAUGGGCGUACGAACAAUUGCCAUUGACUCUGGUGAGGAGAAGAAGAAGAUGUGCACUGGCGAGCUUGGUGCCGAAGCAUUCGUCGACUUUGCCACAUCAAAGAACCUUGUCGCCGACGUCCAAAAGGCAACACCGGAUGGUCUUGGCCCUCAUGUUGUCAUUCUUGUUGCUGUCAACGAGAAGCCAUUCCAACAGGCUGCUGAAUACGUCCGGCCACGCGGUACCGUCAUCUGCAUUGGUCUUCCUGCCGGUGCUUAUCUCAAGGCACCCGUCUUCGAGACCGUUAUCAAGAUGAUCAGGAUCCAGGGAUCGUAUGUUGGUAACCGCAAGGACAGCUCAGAGGCGAUUGAGUUCUUCCGUCGUGGCUUGAUCAAGGCUCCAUACAAGAUUGUUGGACUGUCUGAACUGCAGAUGGUCUAUGACAAGAUGCACCAGGGUGCCGUAGUCGGACGCUAUGUUCUCGACACAUCCAAGUAA